AUGUAUAUUUUUUAUAGAAUAUAAAAAGUAAAAAGUGAACAUGAGCUAAUGCGAUUACUGUUAUCACCAAGAGAUCCUAGCUUUUCUCGACUCUAUCACCAUACCACUGUAACCCAAAAUUACUCACCAUAGUAAAACAUAUGCCUCACUCAGUACCUCUUCUACCAUGUCCCAGAUAUUUUCCGUCAAAAGUGUUACAUUUCAACAAUCAAUACCAAACAACCCUUAAAAACACUGUAAAAUUAAAGGAUGAUAAUAAAAAAAGCAGUUAGUGAUAGAUAAAACAGUGUUACUUAAAUUGUUCUAUUAACUUUAAUGAAAUAUCUAUUUUCUAUUUGA